UAUGGGUCUCGUCAAACUGAUCAUUAUCAAUAUAAUUUGUAUGGCUACAUUCCUAUUGGUGGUAUCAUCGAAUAUUGCAAACUCUCAAGAAUAUUACAGCCUAUUUGAUGUGACAAACAAUGGAACAAUAUUGCCUAACGAUGAUAUCACUCAGUCUUUGCUGAAAGGUUGGAUGGAUGCGUGUUCCUCCACUAGUCCAAGUAAAGUGGUGGUGCCUAAGGGGAUAUUCAAACUAAGUAAUGCGUCUCUACAAGGACCUUGUAACGCUCCCAUUGAGUUUAAUCUUCAAGGGAUAUUGCAGGCACCGCCGAUCGACGAAAACUUCAAAGGUGGUGACACUUGGAUCGCCUUCGAGUACAUCGACUACCUCACUAUAUCAGGCGGUGGCAUUUUCGAUGGCCAGGGCAAAAACACCUGGGGCAAAGAAUGUGAUGAGGAUGAGUACUGUAGCGACCUUCCUAUAAAUGUCAGAUUCAACUUCGUGACAAAUUCCUUAGUCCAAGAAGUAACAUCACUUGACAGCAAGCAAUUUCACGUGAACGUUUUAGGAUGCCGAAACCUAACAUUUCAACACGUAAAAAUCAUUGCGGCGGAGGACAGUCCCAACACCGACGGAAUCCACAUUGGUCGUUCCACGGACGUAAAAGUGUUAGACUCACACAUUGAGACCGGCGACGACUGUGUGUCGGUAGGCGAGGGUAGCAACCAAAUAACCAUCUCCAAGGUCUCCUGCGGACCGGGCCAUGGUAUCAGCAUAGGAAGCCUGGGAAAGUAUCCGAACGAGGAGCCGGUCAGCGGCGUCACAGUGAAGAACUGCAUGCUGAAGAACACCCAGAACGGCGUGAGGAUCAAGACUUGGCCUAAUUCCCACGAGGGAAAGGCCACGGAUUUGCAUUUCGAGGACAUAAUAAUGGACGGGGUGGGGAAUCCAGUGCUGAUUGACCAAGAGUAUUGCCCCUGGAAUCAAUGUGAUUCCAAGUUUCCCUCACGAGUUCAGAUCAGCGGAGUCAGCUUCAAGAACAUUAGAGGGUCUUCGUCCACAGCUCUUGCCGUCAAACUCGUUUGCAGCAGUGGGCUUCCAUGCCAGAAUGUGGAGAUGGAAGACAUUAAUUUGAAGUACAAUGGCGCCGAAGGCCCCAUCACUUCAGAGUGUAAGAAUGUCCACCCCACAGUGUCCGGCAUUCAAAACCCACCGGCGUGCGUUUCCCCUUCUGCUUAGAUUUUUUCUUUUAUUUAUUUUUUUAAGUUAGAGUUGAGCAUGCAAUGCCUGUUUUUUUGGUUUGUUGAAUUUAAUUGUAAUGGUUUAAUCUUUUGAAGGAAAGAAAACAGAAAAAAGAAAAAGACAGUACUAUGCAAUCAUAGCUGUUUUUUAGCAUUGCUCAUUAUAUGUUUUGUCACGCUAAGGAUCA